GUGAUGAUAUUGUGGUCUCCUUUGAAACCAGCUGCUUGGGCAGAAUAUUGCGCUAAGAUUAAGGUUUGGGUACUGUAAUUGGAAAGCGGUGACCUACCUGCCCUCCACGCAGCAGUGAGCAGGAGAAGAGAUACUUAUACAGUGCAAAUGCUCCGCUGUGAUCAAUUGAAUGGAUUCGUGUGCAGCUAGAUGAGAAACACAUAAAGGCCAAAAAUGAUGACUUUUCAAAAUUCACAAUAAAGUUAAGCUUAUUUUGAAGGAUAGCUCAGUUGUUGAUUCCUGCCCCCUCCUUCAAUAAGGGGUCUCUAGCGGGACAUCGGUUAUCACCUCGUCAUCCCGACUUUUGUUUGGAAUCAGACGAGGAGCCUAGACACCACAUUCCGCGCGCAACAACGCAGCAUAAACUCCCUCGACUUCCCGGACCUCAGUCCAGGGGACUUUGCAGGCACUCAAAGUUGUUGCUUCGGAAAACGAGUUCAAUAUGGACAGCAAUGGCGCGACGAGCCCGGCGAACACGCGAGCUCAACCCUCCAUACGAUCGUUCUUCCAGCCUCGACAACCCAGUUACACACCACCACCAGGAUCUGCGGUGACAAAACUCCCAGCAUCAAACUCCUCACACAUAACAAGUCAAACGCCCCCGACUCUCACACCACCAGUAUCUUCAAAUACCAGCAAUCCCACUUCAAGCCCAACGUCAAUAUCAACGAAGCCCUCAACCCUCCCAUCCCAAGCUACCAUCUCCCCAAUUCAACAACCACAUAUCCAACCCCUCCGCCGCAUAAAUGCCCUCCUCCUUCCCAUUAGCUACCCCGACUCCUUCUACCACAAAAUCCUCGCUCCCGACCCUCCUACACCUUCCCCACCACGAGGCUUCUCCCGCACAAUUCUCUGGACUGACCCCACCAGCCAGGAAACAAAAGUCGUCGGUGGUGUAGUCUGCCGCGUCGACCCAGCUCUCUCGUCCUCCUCAACUGCUCAGCAGCCAAUCUAUACGCCUGACGCGCACGAUAUCUACAUUCAGAGUUUAUGUCUGCUCUCGCCGUACCGUGGGAAAGGCUUAGUGGCUGCGGUGCUAGAUGAGGUCAUCGAGGCUGCGGUUAAGCAGGAUGAGUUGAGGAUCGAGAGUCUAUAUGCGCAUGUCUGGACGCAGAAUGAGGAAGCGUUGGACUGGUAUGCUGCACGAGGCUUCAGAAGGGAGGAGCCUGUCCUACAUGGCUAUUAUCGUAGGCUGAAUCCGGACACGGCAUAUAUCUUUCGGAGGAGGUUGGUGCCGUCAGACCACUUGAAUGGACAGGUGCAAAUUCAGUCUCAAGCUCAAUCACAGUUUCAUAAGGAGAAUGUUAGGCCGAGUAGCACUCCAGCUUCUCUUCAACCAACCCCAGCCACAAGUGGUAGGCCUCCUAUCCCAGGACAUGCACGGUCAUUCCAGGAUAAGGGACCAGAGAGGGAGUGGAAUGAUUUACCUGAAGAUGUGUUGUUGAAACCGCCGAGUACACUUACUUCCAGAGAAGGUAGUGCGGCGAGCUCGAGGAGUAGUUCACGGAGUGGUUUGGAAGGCAAGGGAAAGAAGAAGAGAGUUUACCCUGCGGCUGCUUUUGGGACUUAGAAGGAUGUCAAACGUAGAUCAAAGUUUCGGUAUAAGAAGCGUAAAAGAACUCUAUUACAGGAGUGGCGUUGGAGCAUAAAACGGUGGCUUGGGUUCGGAAAAGGCGUAGACGGGAAACAUCAGGGCAAUUACACAUCUAGAUUUAGAGAGCUACAGGUAGAAUCUCAAAAGCCAUUUCAGUGCCUAUAGGGGAAGACUUGCCCGGGUC